AUGCCAGAAGUGGAAUCAGAGCAUAAGAAAACGUCAUCAGGCAAAGCCCAAUCACCAAUGUCAUCGGAGCCAUCUACUCACACGAGUGAAAGAGCAAACUCAGAAAUUGAAGACGCUGUACUGAUCAAGAAACCCAAACAACAAAAAUACACAGAAGCCGAUGCAGGCGAUGGGACGAAGGCUCACGAGCAAUAUCUUACUGGUGUACCAUUGUUCCUCACUAUAAUAUCAUGUGUUGUGACUCUAUUCAUUGCUGCAUUAGACCAAACUAUUGUAUCUACGAUAUUGACAACAGUGGGUGACGAUUUCAACUCAUUCGAGAAAGUGGGAUGGCUUACUUCUGGGUUUAUGCUACCCAUGGCGUGUUUGAUUCCAUCAUAUGGUAAAAUUUCAAUAGCAUUUGGUAGAAAAGCCACACUCAUAGCCGGGAUUAUAGUUUUUGAAAUUGGGUCAUUGAUUUCGGCUCUUUCUAAUUCAAUGAGUUUGUUAAUUGGUGGUCGGGUGAUUCAAGGUAUUGGUGGAGGUGCUAUUCAAAGCAUGGUGAUGGUGAUUUUAACCGAGAGUGUACCAAUAUCUAGGCGAUCAUUGGUUUUUGCAUCAGUAUCAGUAGUAUGGUCUACUUCAAGUGUACUUGGUCCAAUAAUUGGUGGGGCUUUGGAAAAGAUUACUUGGAGGUGGUGCUUCUACAUAAACUUGCCCAUUGGGGGUGUCAGUUUACUUGUCCUUAUAUUUGGUUUCAAUCCGCCGAAACCAAAAGGUAACAUUCGGGAAAAAUUGUCCACAAUUGAUUAUAUUGGUACUUUUUUCUUGACACUGGGAUUAGUUUUGGUUCUUUUGGGAUUGACUUUUGGUGGAGUCGAUUUUCCAUGGAGAUCUGCAGCGGUAAUUUGCUUGUUCACCAUAGGUGGAGUGUUGCUUAUAAUUUUCUGCAUAUGGAAUUUCCGCUAUUCAUCACAUCCUAUCAUAUUAGCGGAGUUUGUAAAAUCAUUUACAACCAUGACCGCUUUAAUCAGUGCCAUGUUUAAUUUUGGGUUCUUUAUAUCCAACUUGACCUAUUUGGCAGUUUACUUCCAAGUGGUGUUCAAUGCAAGCUCUUUACAAUCAGGUAUAGACUUGCUACCUUUGGUUGUAUCUGUUACUAUUGCAUCAUUGGCAAACUCAAUGUUUAUCAAUAUGACCAAGAAUGUCAAAAUUACAAUGAUUGUUUCGGGUAUAUUGAGUCCCCUUGGCUCUGGUCUUUUGCUACUAUUGGACAAACACUCAAGUGUUGGGAAAAGAAUUGGGAUUUUAUUAGUAUCUGGUAUAGCUAUUGGGUUGCAGUUUCAAAGUUCGACAUUAAGCGCACAGUUGGUUGCUCCAAAGGAUAUUCCCGGUGCACUUAUCUUGGUUACUGUGUUGCUAAAUUUUGGUAGAGAAUUGGCAUCGACCAUCUCGGUUACAAUAGCACAAUUGUUGUUUCAAGUUACUGGAACCAGAUAUCUCGAAGAUUUACAGCGUGAUAUGAGCAGUAGCGUCGAUGGGUAUGCGCAAUUUGCAAAUAUUUCAGCAAAGUCAUUGAUUUCGAACCCAAGACUUGUUAGAAAUUUUCCUAAUGAGGUACGAGAAAUGGUAUUAGAUCAGUAUAUGAAGGCGUUGAAAAAUGUCUUUUACUUCGGGUUGGCUUUGGCUGUUGUGUGUUUUAUUGCAUCUUUAUUUACAACAGGGAAGAAGAUACCUAAAACAAAGGAUAUUAAAACAGCGGAUAGCGAAGAUGAUCAAGAGCAGAUGAAAAAGGCUAAGGUGUCUGAUGAGGCAGAUCAAUUACAGACUGAGGAACCUACCGCAGAGAGUCUAAGCUCGCAUCAAGAACAACAUCCAACAAUGAGAGAGGUCUCAAAAUAA